AGGUUCACCAGCUGAGGCUGGUGAGAGCACAGGACCUUGUCCUCUGAACUUAGUUCUUUUCAUUGGUUCAACAAAGCCUGAGAUGGCUGAACUUGUGUUCACUCUUUUAGAAGCCCAUUGUUAUUACAGCUGGUAAAAUACUGCAAUUCUGAAGUGGUAAUAUGUUGCAAGAACAGCAUCUAAAUAAACACCUAUUCUGAGAUACACAUCUGAGUGCAAUGAGCAAGAACAUUUUUGUAUGGAAAAGAGGGAGGAAUGAGGGAGAGUGGGAGGGGUAGGUCUGUGUUUGUAUCAUUAUAUAGGUAAUUGUGGUAGUGCAACUGUGCCUAGAACAAGGGUUCUCAACCUGUAAACAGCUCUUUGCCCCACCAGAGCCUACACCUGCAGUGCUAAAGAACAUUAAAAAUUGUUGUGUAGUGAAAUUUAUGCACAGUAUCACUUAUAAAAAAGGCUUAUAAUUUUGAUUGAGAGAAGUCAUAACCUACAGGAGAGGGGCUGAGGUUUGUGGCACAUUGCAGAACAAAGAUAACCUCAGAUGGCAAAGGUGGUGUAGGACUAACAGGCUCGAUGCUUGGGGUAAAGUAUCAGGAGUAAAUGCAGGAAUUACAUAGAAUUAGUAUUGCACAGUUGAGUACUGUAGUGUGAUUUGCAGUGUCUUUAAAGACAGGGCAGCUUCUUAAAGGGAUUCCUCAUCAAGGCAGGACUGAUGUGUAGAAAAAGAGAAGAGGAGGUGCCAUCAGAAGUUCAAUAUUUUUGGUGAUAAUGCCACAAAGAACAGUAUUGGGGAAUAGAUAUCUUCUAGACCUGCACUCUUAAGGCACUAAUUAAUGACAAUUGAAAAUAAAUAAAUAAGUAAAUAAAAGCUUUGUCCCCAUAUCAGGGAAUCUUGAUCCUUUCCACAGAUAACCUCAGGGUUAUGUGUUAAUGUUUAUGUAGCGAGGAAUUAAAAUGCAACCUGCAGGAUAUUUGGAGAGCUGCAGAGGGAUGACCCACCCAUUCCCCUGGCUAAACAGGUUGAGAAUCCCUGUUUUAGAGUAUAUAAAGAUACACCUACAUAAGCCCACAUGGAGCUCUUUUCUGCUUCAAGAGGACUUGUUUUGGCAGCUCACGUAGUAUCUACUCAGAUGUCCCCACAGUGUGAUCUAGUGUGCAGUAUAGGCAAAAUCCUGACACAGAGUAGUUGGAUAAGUUGGAAAAAAAAGAAAAAAAAAAAAAGCUGAUACCCACUGGACAAAGUCUCAGUGUAUAAAAACCAUAGUGUUUGACUUCAAACUGUCAUGCUCACCAUUUGCACAGAUUUGGUUAAACAGCUGAAUUCUACACCUUUGUAGAAAAGGUAAUUUAAUGUUUUCUUUUUCAGGCUCCUCCAUUGCCAUCCUCUUCAUCUUGACAUUUUUUCAUGGACAUUAAAUGAAAACUUUUCUGAUAUUCAGGAAGUGACCCAGUUCUGCACCACUGAUUUUUGUAGCUAUCCUGUAAGGCUGCUGGCUGAAAGCUGUGUCUAUGCAACCUUCCAAGUGCGGAGUGUCAACCAACUGGACAGGAGAGAGCACUGCCUCCUACUCCAGAACUCAAAACAAAUAAAGCUCAUCCAGCUGUACUUCAAAAAAAUAAUUCCAUGUUUUGUAUAUAUCUGACAAAACUGGCAACAUUAUACAGACUACUGACUUGAA